AUGGUUUCUGUCCCGGACCUGGACAAGCGCCUGGAGCGCUCGGAGGCGCAGCUUCAAGAGGUGGCAAAGCUGCUCUCGAGUCAGGAGGCGUUGGUGCAGCAGGGCGUUCAGGUGCAGAAAGAUCUGGAGCAGCUUGCAGACAAGCAGCGCCACUUCGAGAAGAAUCAUGGAGAUCUGCAGAAGGAGCCGAGCCAUGAGUUGAGUAGCAGGACCAAAUGGAACUAG